GAGCUCUGGGAAAGGGCGGGAAAGGCGGUUGGAGAGGGAGGGGCGAGCGGUUACUCACUCCAUGGCUGCGGGAAGGCGAGGAGGCGACGGCGGCGGCGGCCUCGGUUGAGCAGACGGUGGGAGCGGAGAGUGCAGGCGCGAACCCUCCCCAAGGUUGCAGACGCUGACGGAUUUGCCCCAGAGUCGGAGUAACUGCCACCUGGAGAUUGCACAGCCAUGAGUGGGUUUAACUUUGGAGGCACCGGGGCCCCUGCUGGCGGCUUUACAUUUGGCACUGCGAAGACUGCGACCACCACACCUGCCACCGGCUUCUCCUUCUCUACUUCCGGCACUGGAGGGUUUAAUUUCGGGACCCCCUCCCAACCGGCCACGACCACCCCCUCCACUGGCCUCUUCUCACUCACCACACAGGCCCCAGCUACACAGACGCCAGGGUUCAACUUUGGAACAACGCCUGCUUCUGGAGGAACUGGCUUCUCCCUGGGGAUCAGCGCCCCUAAGCUCAACCUGAGUAACACAGCUGCCACACCCGCCACGGCCAACACUGGCAGCUUUGGUCUUGGCAGUAGCACCCUUACCAAUGCCAUCUCGAGUGCCGGGGCCUCCAGCCAGGGGACAGCCCCCACUGGCUUUGUCUUUGGGUCCUCCACCACCUCUGCUCCGGCUACGGGCUCCACGGGGUUCUCAUUCACCGGUGGCAAUGCCGCCCAGCCUGGAGCCUCUGGCUUCAGCAUCGGCUCUGUGGGCAGCUCAGCCCAGCCCACGGCACUGUCUGGCUCUCCCUUCACCCCAGCCACGCUGGUGACCACUACAGCAGGGGCCACACAGCCAGCGUCCGCCGCCCCCACUGCCGCCACCACCAGUACAGGCUCCACACUGUUCGCUUCAAUAGCACCUGCUCCUGCCUCACCCAGCCCCACGGUGCUCUCCCUCUCAGCUCCGGUGACAACUGCAGCCGCUCCCAGUGCUGGGACUCUGGGCUUCAGCCUCAAGGCCCCUGGAGCAGCUCCUGGCACCUCCACCACCAGCUCCACCUCCACCACCACCUCCACCACCUCCACCGGCUUUGCCUUGAGCCUGAAACCCCUGGUGCCAGCUGGCCCCAGCAGUGCAGCCACUUCUGGGACUGCUCUGCCUGUCUCCGGCACAGCAGCUGGGACCACCACAGGUCCCGCCAUGACCUACGCACAGCUGGAAAGCCUGAUCAACAAGUGGAGCCUGGAGCUGGAGGAUCAGGAGCGGCACUUCCUGCAGCAGGCCACACAGGUCAAUGCCUGGGACCGCACACUGAUUGAGAAUGGGGAGAAGAUCACCAGUCUGCACCGCGAGGUGGAGAAGGUGAAGCUGGAUCAGAAGCGGCUGGAUCAGGAGCUGGACUUCAUCCUGUCACAGCAGAAGGAGCUGGAGGACCUGCUGAGUCCAUUGGAGGAGUCAGUGAAGGAGCAGAGUAGCACCAUCUACCUUCAGCAUGCCGACGAGGAGCGUGAGAAGACCUUCAAGCUGGCUGAGAACAUCGAUGCGCAGCUCAAGCGCAUGGCACAGGACCUCAAGGACAUCAUCGAGCACCUGAACAUGGCUGGUGGCCCUGCGGACACCAGUGACCCACUGCAGCAGAUCUGCAAGAUCCUUAAUGCACACAUGGACUCCCUUCAGUGGGUGGACCAGAGCUCUGCCCUGCUGCAGAGGAGGGUGGAGGAGGCCAGCCGUGUGUGUGAGGGCCGCCGUAAGGAGCAGGAGCGCAGCCUGCGCAUUGCCUUCGACUAGUACCACGUGGGCAGGAGGGAGGGGCUCCCUGACUGACGGGGCUGCUGGCAGAAGUUGUGCAAGACAUGGCGCUCGCUCAUUGUAGCCUGUGUACUCUGGAGCCAGGCGUGAAUGCUGCCACUGAGCUCUAGCCCAGCGUUUUAGAUUCAGGGCUGCCUCGUGGCAGUUUCAGUUCUAACUCAUCCACCUCAUCCCUCAGUCACUGCAGUGCAGCUGUGACAGAGCACUCCAAAGGAGACAGUGGCCAGGAAACUCACCUGGGGGGAGAUGUGCCCCAGAACCUCCAGUCACCGAGGCUCACUGAGCUAGCAACUGUUCUGUACUGGCUACCUCACCCCUAGAUUGUGAGCUUCUGUGGCAGGGGCCCAGAGUGACAGCAGAUUUGCUUACCAUCUUAGUCACAAUUGUCCUCGGUGUUGAAGGCCAGCAGUCAUGUCUUGGUCUGUUUUAUUUCUUGUACUCUGCUGUAGUUUCUGUGGUCCAUGAUCAAAUGUUGCUUUUCUAAAUAAAGAAAAUUUUGUGAAAUCA